UUUCCAUUUUGCAUUCUCCAGCGGAUCGGGACCACGGACUUGGCUUUUGCAGAGGAGGGGGGCCGAUCGCUAUGGAGUAUUUCAUGGUGCCCGCUCAGAAGGUGCCCUCUUUGCAACAUUUCAGGAAAACAGAAAAAGAAGUGAUAGGAGGGCUCUGUAGCCUGGCCAACAUUCCACUGACACCAGAGACCCAGAGAGACCAGGAGCGUCGGAUACGGAGGGAGAUUGCCAAUAGCAAUGAGAGAAGGCGGAUGCAGAGCAUCAAUGCAGGGUUCCAGUCCCUGAAGACCCUCAUCCCACACACAGAUGGAGAGAAACUCAGCAAGGCAGCCAUUCUCCAACAGACAGCAGAAUACAUCUUUUCCUUGGAGCAGGAAAAAACAAGACUUUUACAACAGAACACACAACUCAAACGCUUUAUCCAGGACCUGAGUGGCUCAUCUCCUAAACGGCGGAGGGCAGAGGAUAAGGAUGAGGGCAUUGGCUCGCCGGACAUCUGGGAGGAUGAGAAGGCUGAAGACCUGAGGCGAGAGAUGAUUGAGUUGAGACAGCAGCUAGACAAGGAGCGUUCGGUCCGAAUGAUGCUGGAGGAGCAGGUGCGUUCCCUGGAGGCCCACAUGUACCCUGAGAAGCUGAAGGUGAUUGCCCAGCAAGUCCAGCUACAGCAGCAACAGGAGCAGGUGAGAUUGCUGCACCAGGAGAAGCUGGAGCGUGAGCAGCAGCAACAGCAGCUCCGAACACAGCUCCUGCCCCCCCACGGGCCUCCACCAGCUCCCACCCACCACCCCACAGUGAUUGUGCCUGCUCCUCAACCCCCACCCUCCCACCAUGUCAACGUAGUCACCAUGGGUCCUUCAUCGGUCAUCAAUUCAGUCUCCACGUCCCGGCAAAACCUGGACACCAUCGUGCAGGCAAUUCAGCACAUCGAGGGCACACAGGAGCAGGAGGAACAGGAGCAGGAAGAGCAGCGACGAGCGGUGAUUGUGAAGCCACCAGUCCGGGCUUGCCCUGGAGCCCCUGCCUCUUCUGACACAGCUUCGGACUCAGAGGCCUCAGACAGCGACGCUAUGGACCAGAGCAAGGAGGACCCCUCGGGGGAUGGGGAGCUCCCCUGACCCCCCUCACCGCCCUCCUCUCUCCCCCCACCCUCAGGGGGGCCGAGGGGCAGGGGCAGCUGUGGGGAGAAGCGCUCAGGUUCUCAGAGCGGAGAGAUUUUUACAAAAUUACAAUGUCAUUUGGGUCUCUUUUAUGACCUCUUUUCAAUACUGUAAUUCUUAACAAAGCCAACACACCCAACUUCGGAGGAGGCCAGAGAAGGGUGGAGGGUGGAGCUGGGACACAGAGGUGGUACCCCGGGGGCCAGGUCACAGCUAGAAGAGGCUCUCCUCUUCACUGACCACCAUUUUGCAUUUAAUUUAAAAAAAAAAAAAAGGAAAAUAAAAUCUGAGAUAUUUGAGAUAUUUCUUCCCUCUUCUUAGGAGCUAGCCCUGAAGCAGUGACCAGCCCCUGGCAGUCUGCCUCAUUCCCCUUCUUUCCCUCUCCUCCUUCCUCUCCCUCCUCUCUCCCUCUUGUUUUUUCCUCUUUCCCCUUUAAGCACUUAAAUGGAUUUGGGGGCUGUGGGUCUGGCUGGGCUGGGGCUGUUUGGGGGCCUGGGUGGGGGUGGGUCAUGUAUGUUGCUUCUUGGUUUGGGGUUUUCUCAUGCCCCCUCCUCCUUCUCCACCUGGCUCAGCACUAGAAUUAGCUGAUAUUCUUUACCCCCCUCAACCUCUCCCCCUAGGUUUACCCCCUCCUCCAGCCACAGCUGUCUCUGUCCUUCAUUUCUCUUUUUCUUCUUUUCUCUUUCUCCCUCUUCCUUCCUUCCUUUCUUGGUUUUGUCUGUUGUUGUUUUUUACAAUUUUGAGGUCUUUGUGUUCUGGGAGAAGCUAUUAUAUUUUGUUAAGAAAGUGGGGAAAAAAAAAACAAGGCCACCGUGCCUUUGUAAAGAAACAAAAUAAAGUUUGUACUUUGUUUUUUAGA